AAUAUGCCUCGUCGUCCUCCACCACUCGCCUUUCGCGCACUCUCGCAACCAUCGACAGCGACCCCCGUCCGCUCCACGAUACCACCCAUCAUCCCGCCCACAGCAUGCCUCCGCCUCGGCCUCACCCAGCACCGCGCACCACACACGAGCAGCCCCGCCCGACCUGAACGAUUAGCAGCGACCGCCGCCUUUGCGCGCAAUGCCUGGGCUGAGAGACGGACAUCGCCUGCUUCCAUCAUCCACCAUGCUGCCCGACGUGCCUUUUCCGCAACUUCUCCCACCGCGAGAGACCACCACUUCGAUACCCUCAAAGUCGUCCAGCGCCUCCAACAGGAAGGCUUCACCGAAGAGCAAGCCCGCGCCAUGAUGCUCGUUCUCUCCGACGUCAUCGAAGAAAGCAUCCAGAAUCUGACACGGACAAUGGUCCUCCGAGAAGAUCAGGAGAAAGCCACGUACACCCAGAAAGUCGACUUUGCUAAACUACGCUCCGAACUUCUGUCAGCGGACAGUUCCGAGUCGGCUCUGACGCGAGCCAGUCACGAGAGACUGUCCAACGAAGUCACCAAGUUGAAUAACAGAUUGAGGGACGAAGUCCAGAGAACGCAAUCUUCCGUGAGGCUGGAUCUGAAUCUGGAAAAGGGGAGGAUUCGAGAAGAGGCGAAUAGUCAGGAUCUGAAGAUCAAGGAGACGGAGACCAGGAUUGAGCAGGAGAGUGCUGCGUUGAGGGAAAGGCUGGAAGCGGUGAAAUUCUCCACGCUGCAGUGGUUGAUGGGUGUGUGCACUGGUACGGCGGCCAUCAUUCUGGGUGUGUGGCGGCUGUUGAUGUAGGGAAUUGCGCAUACAAGUAAGUUCAGAGUGAUUCAACUCGGGAAUAUGAGUUACCAGUGUAGCUUGUAUUGCCAGAAUCUGCUGCUUGCUUGACACCUGCUUCAAGCUACACCUUGCACUGUUCCGGGUCCUCCGGGACAUGAGGCGUGCUCCGGCCACUCGUGUACGAUACAUGCAUAGCAAUCACUGCAUUGCUCCUGCAUUACCUCUCUGGAAAGUGUGGCCUCCGGGGGCUUUUAUAUUUGUUCGGGAUCGACGAAGUCGCGAACAGCCAACUUCACUGCGUAGACCUCACAUCAACCACGACGCAUCAUGGACUGCAAGUGCCACUUUCAAGUUGGGAGGUGCAAAUUCAGAUUCUGCACCACGACUUUGCAAGGCAACAAAGCUGGUGUGAUGUUGUGCGAUGACGUUGACUUAUAACGUCUAGAUGCUCACAAUCUGUCGUUUUCCGACCAAGACCGGUACCACGAGCUGGCCACUAUACAUAUGUGACCCCUCAGCAAAUCCGACAUGACUAAAGUAGCGACUUGCGCGCCUGGAUUGGACAACGUGUCCGCCGGCGGCCUUCGGCCUCGCAGUAGUAGUUGUAGUGUUUUGGGCAUGUCGUAUGCGGGAAGACUUCAGAAAUGGAAUCAUCGGUCCUACUUAGCCUCAUGAAUGAGUGAUCGCUCCCUAGAGCAUCGCGCAAAGGGGCAACAGGAUUCCCCUUGAAUCCAAAAGAGACAUGUUCAAGUGCA